UUGGGACAGGUUUAUAGUAGGAUUUCAGUCCUGCUACGAGGGUGCUUAUCUACGUCGUAUCUACGUAGUAUGGACGACUAUAUUCCGUCCCAAUUGCAGUUCGUCAAAUCCUUAGGUGACCCCACCAUCACCUUGAACCCCGCAUUUGGAGCUAGCUACACCUACUCCGUACCUCAAGCUUCCCUUGCUUGAGCUACAUUGACUUCCGAGCGGAAGCUCAGCUCAGGCGGACGAGCUACACCUCAAAACAUCCAUUUACAAAAUAAGUACCUGUUGCAAUCAUUUUUCCGUCGGGAUGUCCCCCUCAAAGAACCCCACCACGGCCGUCUCUGCGCCAGGCAAGGUGCUCCUGGCCGGUGGCUACCUCGUCCUGGAUCGCAAGUACACGGGUGUAGUAUUUGGCCUUAGCGCACGCAUCAACGUCGUCGCCGCUGAGAUAGAGACCAGCCCUGGUGUCCAGCUGUCCGAAAUAAUCGUCGAAAGCCCUCAGUUUCUUGACGCACAAUGGCGAUACGGCUACCAUUUGGCCGACGAGGAUGGCGGCAUCAAGGCCACGCAGCUACAAGUUGGUGACACAAUCGUCAAGAACCCCUUUGUCGAAACAGCCCUAUCCUACGCCCUUACCCUGAUAUCCAGACUCGCAAAGCACGGCGCAAAGCGCAGUCUGAACCCAGCACGCCUUACCAUCCUCGCCGACAACGACUAUUACUCCUUGCCCGCCGAUGCUCCCACCACAACGAACCGAUUCGCCCGCUUCCCGACCACGCUCUCCGGCGCACACAAGACGGGUCUUGGCUCGUCUGCCGCGCUUGUUACCUCCCUGACUGCUGCGCUGCUGACGCACUACCUCGAACCGCAGCUGUUCGACCUCGCUACGGAUCAGGGCAAGAUGACGCUGCACAACCUUGCACAGGCCGCCCAUUGCGCCGCGCAGGGCAAGGUCGGCUCCGGCUUCGACGUUGCCGCCGCCGUUUACGGCUCGUGCAGGUACCGACGCUUCAGCCCGUCCGUGCUCGCCGACAUGCCCGUGCCCGGUGCCCCGGGCUUCGGCGCUGCGCUCGAGAAACUCGUCCUCGGCAAGAUCUGGGACGUCGAGGUCGACGCCGCCGGCGUGACGCUGCCGCCUGGAGUCGCCGUGCGCAUGUGCGACGUCGACUGUGGCAGCCAGACGGUGGGCAUGGUCAAGACUGUACUGUCUUGGCGGGGUGCGAACGCCGAGACCGCCGGUAAGCUCUGGGACGACCUUCAGGCGCGCAAUGAGGCGCUGGCCGCCGUGUUGGCGUCCGGACAGCCGGAGGGGAUUAGAGGCGCGGUCGCUGGCGUCAGGGAUCUUAUUCGCAAGAUGGGGACGGAGAGUGGAGUGGAGAUCGAGCCCGGUAGCCAGACGGAGCUCCUUGAUGCGCUGGAAAGCGUUGAGGGUGUGUACGGCGGCGUCGUGCCGGGAGCGGGUGGCUUUGACGCUUUGGCACUUCUCGUGAGGGAUGAUGAUGCUACCACCAAGAGGUUGGAGGAGUGGCUGGCCGAUUGGAGCAGGAACAAGAAGGUAAGAGUUAGGCUUCUAGGAGUCAAGGGCGAGAUGGAGGGGGCGCGGAUGGAGAGCUUGAAGGCCUACCAUGGCUGGGUAGAAGAAUGAUGUUGCGCAGGAAAGACGGAAAUGGCAACAAAGCACAACAAUGAGAUAUCACGACCGCAACAACGGCACAAACAUGCGUGGAUCAGUUUCAUUCAUUCAUCAUGUCAGUUUUUCUCUAAUCCCAACCUCUAUCACCACGCGGUGAGCCGUUCAACCCUGCGCCCAACGCCAUUGCCUUCCAUUCAUGUUUGACAAAUGAAAUAAGACAAAAGAAAAAUUAGGGUCAAAUGUGUAAUAUCCAAGAUCGUGAUUCCACCAAGCUUUUUCUGGUUCUGUCAU